UCUGUACAUACAAGAAUAAAUUACUUACCGAAUGAUAUCAUUAUUAAUAAUAUGUCACUGAAAGUAUUAGAAAAAUAUGCAUUGAAAACGAAGCAAAUAACAAGGGAAAGCUUUAGAAUGAACUUCGUCAAGGCACAAGAAAUUAUAAUUGAAGGAAAAUUAAAUGGAAUAUUUAUUAAAGAUCUGUUUUUGAUUAACGGAAUGCAAACUAUUACUGGUAACCUAAGUUUUAUGGAUAUUUACAUCAAUGAAGAUCUUAAUGUGAAAAGAACAAUCAACGAUAUUAGUUUUGAUGAAAUUGUUUCCAGAGAGAAUUUCGUUAUAUAUGGGCGAAAGGUUUUUAAUCGAAUUUUAGUUAAGAAAAAUAUAGAAGUCCGCACAAAUACAAAUAAAUUGAAACUUUCGUCAGUAGCAAGAAAAUUAGUAACUACAAAAUCAGAUCAUAGUCUAUCUGGAAAUAUUUUAUUUAAAGAUCACGUUAUCAUCCAUAAUUUAAUCUUAACUGGUUCAGUUAACGAAAAGGAAUUUGAAAAACUCUACUCUGAAGCUGUGUUGAUUGAUCGUAAUCAUCAUACAACAAUUAAAGGUUUGAAAACAUUUAAUAACGUCGUAACUGUCGCUAAUAUGAAGGUUUACGGACAGUUUAACAAUCGAAGUUUGGAAUCGCUACUGACAACACACACAAAGCAACUUAUAAGUAAUACUGUUACAUUUAAAAACGUGAUUAUUUUCGAAAAUGAUCUCAUUGUAGAUACAAUUAACUCUAUAAAAUUUAGUGAUGCGGUUUUGUCGUUUCGAAACGAGAUCAUAACCAGUAGAAAGAUUUUCGAAAGCAAUAUCAUUGUAAAUGAUAUCGAAUUGGGAGAACAUGGCNCCGAUUUCCCUUUUAACAGUCUAAACAACUUGUUUAUCCACUUGAUUUGCCUGUCUAUUUAUGCCAUUACUGUUGAGUGA